AUGAGAUUUGACCUUGAAGCUGCACGCAUUACUGCGCUGCCUGAGGAUGCAUUUUAUAUACCGGAUUUCAUUACAGAGGACGAGGAACAAUGGUUACUUCAGAAGGUGAACUCAGCGCCUCUGCCACGCUGGACUCAACUCUCGCACCGCAGGCUUCAAACGUGGCCAUCGGCCCUCACUCAGAACAAUGCUCUUUUCGCAUCAUCUUUACCAGAUUGGCUCAGAUCACCGAUCAUCGAGCCACGGUUUACAGCACUGGGUAUCUUCAACGAUGCGCCACACAAGGCGCCUAACCAUGUCCUGGUGAACGAGUACCGGCCGGGGCAGGGAAUUAUGCCGCACGAAGAUGGAGCUGCAUACUACCCCCUUGUCGCGACAGUGAGUCUAGGGGCGCCAAUUGUGUUCGAUGUCUACCAUAAACAUACACAAGGCGACUGCAGACAGGACGAUACGCUGGCCAAGGCAGGAAGAGAUGUCGCUGAGGAGCAUGGUAGGAACCGAAGACCACAUUACAGAAUUUUGCAGGAGAGAAGGAGCCUGCUGGUCACGAGAAGCAAGAUGUACACGGAUCUUCUGCAUGGAAUCGCAGAAAUCACGAGAGAUGAAGACCUGGGCCCUCUCUCUAUUUGCAACUGGGAGCUUCUGCGGGAGAAGGAACCGUACCAGGGCGGGUGGUAUGAACGAGAGACGAGGACGAGCCUUACAUACAGGGAUGUGCUUCACGUUGCGAAGAUGGGGAACACCUUGAAGUUUGUGGGUGGGAGAUAA